UACACACCUGCACGGUUUGAUCUCGUGAACGCUGAAGCGCUUCCAACCUGUUUAUCUCCAUCCCAAUCUGAGGUAACCCGAGUAUGGAGUAUGGAGGACCUGAGGAGCUGUCCGGUCAGGAACCGGAACCUUUGGACAUCUCCCUGGAUGCGGUGUCCACCACCGGAGAGGUGGACGAGAACGCAGGUGCGCGCGCCGCCGCCGGGACCGACAUGAUGAAAGGUUUGGAAGAGAAGCCGCCGUACUCGUACGUAGCGCUCAUCGCGAUGGCCAUCCGAGAGAGCACUGAGAAGAAACUGACUCUGAAUGGGAUCUACCAGUUCAUUAUUUCCAAGUUCCCUUACUACGAGAAGAACAAGAAGGGAUGGCAGAACAGCAUCCGGCACAACCUCAGCCUCAAUGAGUGUUUCGUGAAAGUGCCUCGGGACAGCAAUGGAGAGAAGAAAGGCAACUUCUGGACGCUUGAUCCGGCUUUCGAGAACAUGUUCGAUAAGGGCAACUACCGGCGCAGGAAGCGCAUCAGGAGAUCUUACCGAGCACCGGCUUUACCCUUUAUACCGUCUGUGAACUUCACCGAGCCGCUCUACUUCUCUCAGGAGCCUGUGUACUGGCAAACCCCGCUGGUCGGAGGCUCAUGGAGCGUCGUGCCUCAGCCUGGGGUUCCAGCUUACAGCUUCCACAGCAGCCGGAACGCGCGUCCUGCGUCUCCAAACACCUACGCCAGUUCCCCAGUGAGCUAUUACCACCACACCGCUAACAUCCACCCGUCCUACGGACCGUACCAGCACCCAUACCAUGCUCUCGCACCGCACAUCGGGGGCACUUUAAGCGGCGUCUCGGCACCGGAGAGUCCCAACAACAUCGCCAACAAUUACGCACCGCAGCAUCCAUACAGCCAGGCCGACCUGGAGCACGGCUUUGACUGACUGAAAACCCGAGGUCUGGAUUACAAUUCUCCAGAAAUAUGGAUCUUCAGCCUCCAGAUCCAUCGCCUACGUUCCUGAAAGUGUUCUCAAAUCUCCAGCGCGUCAGUUUUACGCAUAAACCUUCCUGACUUCCAUAAACUGUUCGACUGUAAUUCGUUUACCACAAACUCUACAACCAGUACCGAGAAGGUUAGUUCCUUGAAAGUGUUGGGUGUGUUUUUUUCUUCUUCUUACAAUAAUUGUGAAAAUGUUCUCUAAAACCGAAUCGAACCUGUGCAAAAGUUUAGGCACCCCAUGUUGUGCACCCUUUUAUUUGAUGACUUCUCAUCUCAUCUCAUUAUCUGUAGCCGCUUUAUCCUGUUCUACAGGGUCGCAGGCAAGCCUACACUCUCAAAAGAGAUGUGUUAAAAACAACACAUAUUUAACACAUCAGCGUGUUUAUAUAAGGACAACACAGUUUGUGUUAAUAAAUGUGUUGAACUCUAUAACACAGUAACUGUGUUGAACUAUUUAACACACUAGUGUGUUAAAACAACUCAGUUUGUGUUUUAUUUAUUUAUCCCAGCUGACUACGGGCGAAAGGCGGGGUACACCCUGGACAAGUCGCCAGGCCAUCACAGGGCUGACACAUAGACACAGACAACCAUUCACACUCACAUUCACACCUACGGUCAAUUUAGAGUCACCAGUUAACCUAACCUGCAUGUCUUUGGACUGUGGGGGAAACCGGAGCACCCGGAGGAAACCCACGGUGAGAACAUGCAAACUCCACACAGAAAGGCCCUCGCCGGCCCCGGGGCUCGAACCCGGACUUUCUUGCUGUGAGGCGACAGCGCUAACCACUACACCACCGUGCUGCCUUGAUGACUUCUCUAGGAAGAAAAAAAAAAUUAGGCUUCCAAACAGUUUUACAGCACACAGUUAAAUGUUACAGGGGGAAAAAAUAAUAAUUUAACGCUUGAAUGUUUGUCUGUCAGGAAAGAAAGCAUGACAGAUCAGGUUUUAGACCAAAACAUAAUAAAGGAUGCUGGAUUUCGGUGCAAAAAUAAGUCUGACCAAGUCUCCAGAAGAUCUGUGUCUGGUUCUGCAAAAUUCUCAAUAAACCUUCGAGCUCAUUUUCUUAUAAAAUUGCACACAUUGUGCUUGAGACUAUUUUUCUUGAGAGCAAAUCAAAUGUUUCUACAUUAAAAAAAUACUAUAAAGUGCAGUAAACAGCUGUCCAAAAAAUACUGUAAAGUGCACAAUAUUUGGUGUGACAACCCUUUGCUGUAAAAAAAAAAAAAAAGUACAGCAGUCUUAGGAGGAAAUGAUCUGUAAGGCUUACUGAGAAUCUUGCAGAACCAGAAUCUGGAGCAGCAGUUAUGUUUGUUUUUUGUUUUUUUGGUCUGAAGUGGUUUCUUACAUACAGUAAUAUACUGCUUCCUUUACUCACCUACAAACAAUUUUCCCCCUCUGUAACAUUUAAUUUUAUGCUGGAAAACUAGUGUUUGGAAAUCUAAAAUGUUUUUGCACUGUAGAAGUCAUCAAAUAAAAGUUUGUACUAUUAAAAAAAAGGGGGGGCUAAACUUUUGCACAUCAAUAUAUUUUACGUAUAGACAAGCUUCUUGUUCACUUUUGGUUAGUGGUUACAAGUUGUUAUUUUUUUAUAGAUGCAUUUUUCAACAAAAUGUUAAGCUAUUUGUUUCUAUUGUUAUUUAUUUUAAAGUUUUACCCAUAAUAUCUUUGUGUUUUGGUUCUUUUUUUUAAUCAGACCCCUGUAAGGAAUUUAAUUAGAAGUUUUGUUCCCUUUAACAGACAUUGAUUAGAUGUUGACUUUAACAUUGAUAACACUGAUGUUGGUGUGAAGUCUUCAUUCAGCCCUAUAUUGUUACGUUUUAUAAUAAACAGAAUUGUGCUCUGUCA